AUGUCAUCGCAAGACGGCAGUCUAGCUGGCAGCGACGCCCCUGGCCGAAAGCUACUGAGCCUCGCACCGGAGGUUGUCGAGCAUGUCAUUAAGCAAGUCGAAGGCAAGAAAGACCUGUCAAACACACGGCUGGUCUGCAGGGAACUAGACAGGCACGCCGCCAAGGUUCUCUUUGAGGUCGUUUUCCUCUCCCCGUCGAAAAAACGCAUCAAGACCUGGAACAGUAUCAGCCUGGACGAAAACAUUCGGCGGAUACCUCGUCACGCCGUCAUCCACACGCACUCAGACAUCAAGGAUCACGGCCUCGGUGCUGGCACAAGGGAGCCGGAGGGGAAUGGCGAUAAGUUCCAUGAGGCUCUUGCUGCGCUGUCGAGGCUGCCCAACCUUGGCUCCAUUGAAAUUGCCUUCACCCCCGAGUGCUUGGGUGAGCGUGAGAACAGACGGUGGGAGGAAGUGGCAGAGGACGCGUCGAGUCGCAGGAAGAAUCUGGAGCUUAUCUUCCAAGCCAUCAGAAACAGGGCGGCAGACGAGGGGAACAGGACAAUAAAGAAGUUGACAAUUACCAACCUUCAGAAUUGCCCCAUCCCCGGAUUCACCUCCUCCGACCUCUUUCGCGACGUCAUGGGCCAGCUCGAUGAGUUGCACCUGUCUCUUAUCCAGGAGUACAAUGAAGCCGGCCCGGACCAUGAUUACGCACGCGUCGAGCUGCAGACCUUCCCUGCUCACCUGUGCUCCGAGUGGCUGAGACCGAUCUCAGGGAACCUCAAGGCAUUAUCCCUCUACCACAAGACGGACAAUUGGGGCCCCUUCCCGGGCUACUUCGACCCCAGCGGUAUCUUGUUCCCGAAGCUUGAGACGCUGGCCCUGGGGCAUUACACGCUUGCGCACGACGGCGACAUCGACUGGAUCCUGUCCAUCAAAUCGCUACGCAAGCUUAUCAUGCACAACUGCAUGAUUGCCUCCUGGAUAUGUAUCGACGAGCACAACAUGGCCCAGUGGAAGGUCCCGACCACGAAUUGGACCAGGCUGCCCGAUGAUGGCGAGUACAGCAACGGUGAACACUUCUCGUACGGUGGCAAGUGGAGUCAUUUCCUGGACCGCAUCGCCGCAGACUUGCCCAACCUGAUGGACUUCCGAUUCGACCAAAUCUCUUAUCGGGACAAAACACCGUAUGGCCUCGAACACCGGGACACUUGUCGCGUCAGGAUCUCCCCCCAGCGGUACAUCUGUUUUGAUAACUGCAUCUUGCCCUCACAUUGGUCGGACGCGGAUGAUGAGGGUGAGAUGGAGUCUUGUCUCGAAGACGGGUUCCCAACCAAUGUUCACCAAGACAGCCUGGAGGAAGACCAGGAGAGCCUGGAUCGACUGCUGGAUAAGCUGAGGAAGUCGAGUACCGCCCAGACCUAA